AUGAAACACGGCGAGCGCGUGACGCCCCAGCUCGGCUGCCCCUCCUGCUACGACCCAGCGCUUUGGGCCCUGGGUCCUCCCUCUUCUCGCGCCCCCUGGGUGGCCCCCUCGCCCCCUGCCCGCGGCGUCGGCGCUGGGGGCUCGCGGGGGCCCGGGGCGCGCGCCGAGCGCCCUCCCUGCACCUGCACCGAGAUCGCGGGGCGCAUGCGCGGGCCGCGGAGGGCGGGGGCCGAGCCGGGAGGGGUCCUGAGGGCCCCGCGCCCCCGCGCCGGCGCUGGGGAUCCGCGCCCGGAGGCCGAGGAGGAGGAGCAGGAGGACGAGGCGCUUCGGGGUCCGGCGGCGCGGCCCCAGGUCCGAGCGCUCACCGGCGGCACGCGCGGGAGCGCAGGGCCCUGGCGGGAGGCGCCCGGCCAGCAGUCCCACGGAGCGCCCGUUCCGGGCCGGGACCCCGGCCGCACGCUCGCUCGUCCCCGGCCGGCCUCGCGGGGGCUCGGCUGCUCCGUCGCGCUCCGGGGGCGCCCGCGCCGCCCCCGGCCGGCCGCGGUGCAGCGCCAGACUCCCUGCGCGCGCCCCGGCCGCCCGCCGCNCCCGCCCGCGCCGGGCCCCCAGGCUCUCGGCGGCGCCGGGGGCGCGGAGCCGGCCGAGGGGCGCGGCGUGUACAUCCGCGAGUUCCGCGCGGCGGAGCAGGAGGCUGCGCGCCGCAUCUUCUACGACGGCAUCAUGGAGCGCAUCCCCAACACGGCCUUCCGCGGCCUGCGGCAGCACCCGCGCGCACAGCUGCUCUACGCCCUGCUGGCCGCGCUCUGCUUCGCCCUGACGCGCUCCCUCCUGCUGACCUGCCUGGUGCCCGCGGGGCUGCUGGCCCUGCGCUAUUACUACAGCCGGAAGGUGGUCCUCGCCUACCUGGACUGCGCGCUGCACACGGACAUGGCCGACAUUGAGCAGUACUACAUGAAGCCCCCCGGCUCCUGCUUCUGGGUGGCCGUGCUGGAUGGCAACGUGGUGGGCAUCGUGGCGGCGCGGGCCCACGCGGCAGACAACACGGUGGAGCUGCUGCGCAUGUCCGUGGACUCGCGUUUCCGCGGCAAGGGCAUCGCCAAGGCGCUGGGCCGCAAGGUGCUGGAGUUCGCCCUGGUGCACAACUACUCCGCGGUGGUGUUGGGCACCACGGCUGUCAAGGUGGCCGCCCACAAGCUCUACGAGUCGCUGGGCUUCAGACACAUGGGCUCAAGUGACCGCUACGUGAUGCCCGGCAUGACCCUCUCGCUGGCCGAGCGCCUCUUCUUCCAGGUCCGCUACCACCGUUACCGCCUGCAGCUGCGCGAGGAGUGACUGCCGUCCGCCCGCCGCCCCGCCCCGCCCGCCCGCCUGUGCCCGCCCCACCCGCCGCCCGGGCCGCUUUCAGACGCUCACCUUGGCGUGUGUGUUGGGCGUCUCCCUUUUCAACACCACACGGUUCCUUGGCUGGUUCCUGGGGGAUGCCGGGCCGGUGUGCAUCGGUGACACGUGGGAAGGUGGGUGGUCCCUCCAGCCACACCCCCCGCCCUCCCUGGGUCGGGCCACGCCCUGAAGAGUGACAGUGUGGGCCGCCGUGAG